GCGGGGCUGGCGGCAGCUGAGGGCGGGCUCCGGCCCGGCGCCCCAGCCCCCAGCCCGCCACGGGCCCUCAGCCGGGUGAGUGGCCCUUCAGCCGGGCCCCUGGCCCCUCAGCCGGGCCCCUGGCCCCUCAGCCGGGCCCGACCCGCCCCAGCGCCGCCGUCCCUCACCGCCGCCGUCCCUCAGCGCAGGUGCCGCCGCCGCGUCCCGGGGAGAGGAGCCGCUGUGGGGCCGGGCAGCGGCCGCCCAGGCCGGGGAGGAGCCAGCGGAGAAGCGAUGCAGGAAGCCAUUGCCAUAAUUGAGCAGCCAGUCUCUGUCUCUGUCCCGGUGGGCUACUCCUUCACUCUGCGGUGCCGAGCCCAGGGAUGCACCUCACUGCAGUACCAGUGGUUUUGUCAAUACCAGUCUGACUGUCACCUGAUUCCUGGAGCAACCAGCCAAGACUUGCCCAUCAUUGCAGAGCAGACCCAGCUCUAUACCUGCAGAGUAAAUGACCUCCGUAGAAAUGCCGUCUUCUCUGACUGGGUGAAGGUGGAGGUCCAUCAGUGUGUUGCCAGAGGUCUACCCCCUCGGCUGUGGCAAGGAGAACCAGUCAUCAUCAUCAACCCCAGCGAGCAGUGGGUGGAGGUGGGGCAGCCGCUGCAGCUGCAGUGUGCUGCCAUGGGGGUCCCAGCACCCAGCUACCAGUGGUACCGCAAUGGUAACCUGCUGGAGCAGCAGAAGAGGAAGAAACUCUGGAUCCCCCAUGCCAAGGUCAGUGAUUCCGGCACGUACCUCUGCUGUGCCUCCAACARUCAUGGAGAGCAUUGGACCAACGCCGUGGACAUUCACAUCGGUGAGCAGAGCCAGCCCACAUCACUUUGCUGCUCAUCACCUGGUAGAUGUGGCUCUGGAAGGUUUUUUGCAACAGGCAAAAUAGCACUUUUAGUGGGCAACAACCGCUACCAGCAUCACCCCAACCUCAAGGCACCUGUCAGGGAUGUGUUUGAGCUGAGUCAUCUUCUGGAGCAUCUGGGCUUCCAGGUUGUGUCCCUUCUGGAUCUGAACAAGGCUGAGAUGGCAACAGCGGUCAGUCAGUUCCUGCAGUUGCUGCGGAAGGGUGUCUAUGCUAUAUUCUACUAUGCUGGGCACGGGUACGAACAUCUGGGGAGGAACUACAUGGUCCCUGUUGAUGCUCCACAACCCUAUGCCCCUGAGAACUGCAUCAGCGUGCAGAGGAUCCUCCAGAAAAUGCAGCAGCAGCAGACGGCCCUGAACAUCAUCCUGCUGGACACCUGCAGAAAGUGGUACAACCCGGGGCGUGCCUUGUCCCAGGUGCAGCCRCUGGAGCCCUGGGGAAACACUGUCUAUGGCUAUGCCACGAGCGAAGAUGCAGAAGCCUAUGAACUGCAGGAUGAGGAGUUCAGCUCUGGGAUUUUCAUGAAAUACUUGAAGAAACACAUUCUACAAGAGAAGAAGGUUACACACAUGYUGGAGGAUGUGUUAGAAGACAUUGGCCGGGAUCCCCUGGUCACUGGGAAGCAGGUGAUGGAGAUCAAGCACACUCUGAAGGAAGGCCGGUCCCUGACAGACCCCAUCUGUCCCUCGGGAGCAGCCCCUGAGUGCUGGGGGCAUGGCCAAGAGCCGCCAAGCAGAACGGUGACCUUCCCGUGCGGGGCACGAGUGGAGCUCCGCUUCCUCCGGCUCUUCUCCAACCUCAUGUUCGUGUGUGCCAAGCCUCAGCCAUCCCCGGCCCACGUCACUGACCCCCAGCUCCUGCUCCACUGGCCCGUGGAGACAGAUGAUGUGGCYGUCCAGAGGGAGAGCUGCCUGGACCAUGUGGAGACCCUGCUCGCCUCCAUGUACAARCGGGAGGAACUGGACUGCGUCUUCCAGCUCUGUGCACUACAGAAAAUUCAGAAAGACGUGGUYCUGCAGUUGGAUUUGCAUUAUACCCAUCUGAGCACAAAACAGAGGACUUGUGAAAGCCUGCAAACGACCCUCCAGAAAUCCCUGCUGGGGCAGUUUUUCAGCCAGAGGAAUGACUCCCAGCCGGACUCCCAGCGAGCUCCUGCCGGCACGGGCAGCGUGUGCCUGCGGGAUGCGUCGGCGCUGAGCACGGACCCCAAGGGCCAGGGAUCCCUGAGCACAGGCUCUGGCCACAGCUUGCCCAGCAGCAGCCCCUCCAACUUUGGCAGUGAGCCCGAGGAGAACGAUGAGAGCGACCUGGGUGAGCUCUGCUUGGCGCUGCUUCGGGCUGACCUGGGGCAGGAAGGGCCCUGAGCCUCGGCCUKAGGAGCUGCUCUUUUAACUGAGGUCUCAAUUUGAGUGUUGAAUCUGUCAGAAUCCAGCACCUGCUUCCCAGCCUCGGCCUCGGGCUGUCUGAAUGAGACCAAGGCUGCUUUUUUUGGAAAGGUUUCUCCCAUCUGCAGCCUGUGGUGUGCAGGGCCUGUCUCGUGGGAGCAUCGGGAUCAGCAUUGUGGUGUCCGGCAGAGGACAGGGCCACCUGCCAGUCACAGUCACAGCACUGCCAGGCAAACGGGCGUUGCUGCAAGGCAAGGGCACCAGCUGAUGUUUUCUGCCUGUGACGGGAAGCCCACAAACACUACAGACCCCUCCGGCUCAAAUCCCAGCUGUGGUUGAUGGAUCUCACCAACCUGUGCAAGGGAGACAGAGCUGGACCAARGGGACCAGCUGGAGCAGUGUAGGCUCUCUCCAGGGUCCCAGCAUGGUUUUCUUCCCAUGCCUGUGUCAAAACAUUUAUGUUAAGUUAUGCAUUURUGUAUUUCUGAAGAAUGUAUUUAUAACUGGGGUGAGACAGUCACUUGCCAGGAAAAGGAAGGUCAGAUAUUCUGCCCAGUGUGUUUACAGUGGAGGAUGGAACAGGCUCCAGGCAGGUGCACUGACACCUGCCCCUUCCAGCGUGGUACAGGGGCAUUAAAGGGUGWUCAGCCCUCUGCAGUUCUGAGUUCCUCUCAGGUGCAGAAUGUCCUACUGGAGAGAUGGAAUGUACUGGGAUUGAGAAAAGAUAACCUCAAAGAAAUUGUUACUAUAAAUCGUUUUUUCUGUGUGCCUGUUUGUGCUCUGGACAACCUCAAGCACUGCAUGGAGAGCCUGCUGUCCAGGGAGAGCCACAGUUGAGUACGGCCCAAAGGACAGGCUGGGUGGGUACAGGCCCCUCCCUGACUGCUUCCCUAAUACAUGUUUGAUGUGAUUGCUCAGUAAGGGCCUGAGAGGGUGAUCCAGUAGUUCCAUAGGGGCCAGUGACCCCAGUGAAGUGUGAGGUCUCCAUCCUUAAAGAACACUCUGGACUGUAGAAGGUGCCGAUGACCUGAUCCAAGCUGGCUGGGGGCUGAACCAGAGACCACUGGAGAUCCCUUCUGGCUGUUGCAGUGCUGUGAAAGAAAGAGCUUGGAGAGCAGAACUUCUUGAGAGUCAAGGGUGCAUGGUGGGGAGAACACCCUAGCUCUGUCUUGCUUUAAAAGAGGGUUGGAGGCAGAAUUUUCUCAGUUUUGGUCUCUUUCAGCAGUGAAGAUACUUCCCUGGCUGUGGUGUCAGUUGCAGAAUAGAAAAAUCUGAAAUUUUGCUUCCAGAUAAACCAUUCUGCAAGUGCUGAAAACCUGUCCAAAGAGAACAGGAGGCUUUUAUUCUKCUCACAGUGAGUAGAGCCAAGGGAAAGAAGAGGGGCCCCAUCUGGCUGCUGACUAGAAAUUCUAGAAAAGUAAAGUUCAAAAAAAUAAAAAAUUCAGAGGAUGUAGUUUAAAUAAGAUGGKCUGAUAGAGAAGCUAAACCAGAAAAUAAUAAACUAAUUUCUGGAAGAACCAAAGAUCAACUCAACACCAGCAGCCACCGAGGACAGGUCAGUGAGAAUGGCUCUGCAGGCAUUUGGGAGGAGCUGGGGGAUCUCACUGCCUCUGUGAGGAAUUAUUCACACUGUCCUGUGCUGUUGGGGCAAGGCUUGUUCCUGUCUCAUGUUAUCAUGCCAAAUGUCACCUAAUGUGAGUGUUUAUCUCGUUCAAAGUGAGGCUGGUAAUUUUUUUCUGAAUAAAACACUAUUGGUGUUUUUAAUGCACAAAGCUUCA